CUAUGAAUAUAAUAUUGCAACUGUUUCGUCAUUUUAUCCAAAUGCCUAUGAGUACUAUGAUAAUGUAAAUACUUCAUCGUCACCUUAUCCUGGCCCUUAUGGAUAUGAUACUCAACCGGAAGGUGCAGAUAAUGGAAUUUAUGAUGAGAGGAAAAAUAAUGAGCAUGAAGAUAGUGAAAAUGAUGAGGAAGAAAAAAAUAAUUUAUUAGUAUUAUGUAAAGAAAUGAAGUUUAGUACAUUGGAACUUGCCGAAUUAUACCUUACCAAUUAUGCAAAGCAGAAAGAGUUCAGCUUUCGAAAAAAAAAACAGAUACAUGAAUCUGAAAAGGCUAUUCUGGCAGAAGAUAAGAGAGACAGAGAUUCUGAAAUAAUUGAUUGUCCUUGGUACAUUAAUUUGGCAUUCCCUAAAAUAGAGAAAGAAGUUUGUAUUAACAGUAUUUUAGGUGAACACAAUCACAAAAUAAACAUUCUUAUUACUGAGAUGGCACCAAAAUAUCGAAAGUUAACAUAUAAAAUGUCUGAAAAAGUCAAAUUUUGGACUAUUCAUAGAAAAUUAGGCUUAUCAACUCAAUAUAAUUUGUUAGUUGCAUCAUUUCCAGGCCAUGUUAUUAAUAGAAAAGAUUUAAGUAACACAAUUCAGUGGUUCAAAAGUCAGGCAAAACCUAGUAAAAAUGAUGCAUGUAGAAUGCUCAAUGACUUAUAUUCAAAAAAAGAAAAAGAUCCAAUGUGGAUAGAAAACCUUAUUAAUGAAUAUCCAGCAUGUAAAAGUUAUCUUAUGAAUGUUUUAUACCCAUAUAAACUCAACAGAACUUCACGACUAACGGAUGUUGUUGGAGAGAUUCAAACAAUAUUUGAUCAACAAUCAAAAAAGGCAGUAUUAGCUGAGUGCAAAAAUGAAAUACCAACAAAAGGUAUAUCGACUAUAAUGGAUGAAUACUUUCCUAUGUUGGAUAAGAUGUUGAAAGAACGUCUCACGCCACAAAUACUUCAGAAACAACGAGAUCAAAUGGCCCAGUCAAUAUGCUAUGAUGCUAAAGAAAUGGCCAGAGAAGAUGACUACGAUCAGUCUCAAUCUUUAUUUCCUUCUUUGCUCGAAGAUAUACCUCAGAAUUGUGUUCAAGAACACCUUGUGAGGUUUAAGCAAACCCCUAAUGUUGUACAGUCACAUGGUCCUAAACAAAGAUAUGGAUUUGGUAUGGGAUAUGUGAAAAAGGCACUUGACUUGGCUAUUCGUGCUAAUAAAGUUGAUGAUUUUGUUAAUGUUAGUAUUAGAGAUCUGCUACGAGUACAACACAAAGGUCGACAACCUAAAAGAUACAAGUCUGGUAGUAAAUUACUGAAAAAGAUGACUGGAAAUAAAAAGGGAGAAAGGCAUUGCCAAAAGUGUGGGCAAACUGGCCAUUAUGCUCCAUGA